CAUUUGUUUUUCUCGCAGUGCGACAGUGCACGGCUGGGAUUGUCGGUGAAAAUCGAAAUCUCAAAUUUUUGAAAAAUCUGACAUUUAUUCAAGGGACGUCCACAUUACUAUUUUCGCUAUGAUACGGUCGGUAGCAAUCUUUAAAGCGUUCCUACACCUGUGAUUCGGUUGUGUUUUAUUAUAGUUAAAUAGGACACUAUUAUGGGAAUUUCAUCUUGGGAAAACAUGUGAAAACUGUGGCAAACAGCGAUCGCCAACGAAGUAUGACGUUCUGGUACUGCAAAGGCGGUCGUGUCCAUUUACCGAAUUUCGACUUCCACUUCUGAACGUCAACCCGCCAAGAUGGCGGCGACGGUGCGUCGCCACGCGGGAGCUAACGAUUCCGCUGAAGACGACAUCGCUGCGAUCGCAAAACAAAUUUCCGACACCGCGGAGGUGAUCUACCAGAACUGGAAGUCAAGGAAUUUGGCACCUGCCGAUUUGAUCACGUGCCACGGUGCUGGUGACACGUCCAAGUUGGGGUCAAUGUUGAAGCCUUCGACGCCGGUCAAACCGUCCAUCGACCUGCUGGCCCAAGCACCGACGAUGGACAAUAACCGUCUCGAAAAACUAGUCAAAAAUUUCGUGCACGAGGACAAGGCGAGGCUGGCUGCGGAGGCCGCCGCGAAAACUCACCCCAAACCAAUGCCUUCUAGUAUACAGUACGCGUUGCAGAAGUUCGAGAAGGGUGCCGGUGUUGACUUGGAGAACGGCUUCGGCGCGCAGGUUGGGAUUAGGAAACACGCUCCAAGCACCACGGUGACGCCGGCGGUUAAAAAAUAUGGCGGUGUUUCGGCAGAUCAGACGACACACACCGCCAAACCGGUAAUCGGACAAAAACCCCAAGUGUCGCCAAAACCCGCUCGACUCGGGGGCGAGACAAUCGAGAUGAUAUUGCCACCCGACCUCAAUCCUGUCUCCGGAUUGCAAACGUGGCCCCUAAAGAAUCGCGUGAUCUCGACCGAAACGGUCAAAAAAACGUCGGGCAUCACCACGCCGACAGAUAUACACCAACGGCAACCCCACGAUAUUCGACAUUCGUCCCAAGUCGGACCAUCGGCCCACCAUCAACAACAAUCGCCACAGAACACCCGAACUUACAAUACUUUACCGGUUAAAGUGUCGAAAACAAUCGUCGACGAGGUAGCCCUUGAAGAGAAGCGACUGAUAAAUGCUUUGAAAAAUGGCGAUCUGGUCACGGACGGGUUUCCGCACAACGCUGCAGUGUCGAAGGUGCCCACCAAACAUAUACUGCGGGAACCCGAAAAAUCCACAGAAGGUACAACCAAAUGGGCCUUGAGGACAACCCCCAAAAGACCCGAGCAACAGGUUCCUCACCCGGAAUUGACUUCGAGCCAAAGACUGCACUUAAGACAGACCGCCUCCAACCCCGUUCGGCCCUUCUUAACGAGGGGCUCCGUGGCCGAGAGAGUACUAAUUUUCGAAAGGUGCCCCAGCGAUCUGUUGUUGGAUAAAAGGGCGCGAGCGCCUGUGUCUCAAGUUGUCAAAACCCAACCGUUACCGAGGCAGCCGGUCCUGCAACACACCACCCUUCAGAGACACGUCCGAGCUAAUCGGAACGUCAACAUCCCCAGGUUUCACUACCCCACGGGUAAACCGGGGCCGCCCGGUCACUUGGAAGUCGUCCGGGCCAAAGUCAAAGCCGCAUUCGCCGGUGUCGGCGAAAGAGCUUCCAGGGAACACUUUGCAGCUGUCACUCAGGCGUGCCAACUGCCUCUGUAUUGGAAGACCCCGUUGUAUCUGGCUGCAUGCGCUGAUAAGGGCAGUUGCACUUUUGAUCAGUUUAUAACUUUUUGGCAAGGGAUGGCCUCGAAUUGCAACGAUGCGCCUUCUCGUUUCGUAUAUAUUUUGACCAGGGGCAAACGUAACUACUUGGUUCCCGAGGAUUUCAUUCCCAUGGUCCAGGAUGUGGUCGAAACCCAUCCGGGGCUGACGUUCCUGAAGGAGGCAACCGAAUUUCACUCGCGAUACGUACACACAGUUAUCGCCAGAAUUUAUUAUUGCGUGAAUCGUUCGUGGUCAGCCAAAAUAACCAUACCGGAGCUGAGAAGAUCGAAUUUGCUAAAUGUGAUUCAAUUACUCGAGGAAGAAGAGGAUAUUAAUCAGAUUACACAAUACUUCAGUUACGAGCACUUUUACGUUAUUUACUGCAAGUUUUGGGAACUUGACAGAGAUCAUGACUUGUUUAUUGAUAAACAAGAUCUCACCAGGCACAACGAUCACGCUCUAUCUUCUCGCAUUAUCGACCGCAUAUUCAGCGGCUGCGUGACUCGUGGCAACAAAAAACACCACGAAGAACGUAUGUCCUACACCGAUUUCGUUUGGUUUCUGCUUAGCGAAGAGGACAAACUGCACCCCACAGCGAUCGAAUACUGGUUCCGCUGCAUGGAUCUCGAUGGCGACGGCUACCUUUCAAUGUACGAGCUCGAGUAUUUUUAUGAAGAACAAAUGCAGAGGAUGGAGAGUAUCGGAAUCGAAACUCUACCCUUUCAAGACUGUCUUUGUCAAAUGCUGGACAUGGUCAAGCCCAAGAUGGCUGGCAAAGUGGCCCUCAGCGAUUUGAAGAAGUGCAAAAUGACCCCUAUUUUCUUCGACACAUUCUUCAAUCUGGAAAAGUAUUUGGAUCACGAGCAGAGAGAUCCAUUUGCUUCCCAGAGGGAUCACGAUAUAGACGGGUUAGAGAUGUCCGAUUGGGAUCGAUAUGCCGCAGAGGAAUAUGAACUUCUCGUUGCUGAAGAGGGUGGGAAUGACGUGCAGGAGAGCCUGGAGUACGAAUGUGGCUAUGAUAGGCUCGUCCGAUGAGGGAAAUGAAGACUUGUUGUCGCAACAUGUCGAUGACGCUCUUGAGCUGUCGGAAGAUGAGAGCGACUGCAGUAUUUAGUAUAAGGAUAUUUGAACGUUUCGAUGAGUUUCAAAUGUUUAACGUAACCAGGGCAAAAUCGAUAUAUUUUGGCGUACGAAUGUGAACUUUUUGUAUUGUUAGAAUACAUUAAAGGACAAAUAUAGUUUUUCACGACACUCUACGUAGCAAAACUCAGCAAGUGCAGCUUACAGACCCUUGAUGUUAGUAUGUAACUGAUACUCUUGUAUAGAGGGUGUUUCCAUAGAUCGAAUGGAAAUGAAUCAAUUUGAAAAUUUUCUGUUUAAUCAGAUAACCAAUCCAUUCCUUUUUUAAUUUCUAUAGCGGAAUAAUAUUACAGUACAUUUCAACAUCAGCAUACAUCAACAUCACAGUAACCUUAGCCCAUUAUAUGCUUUUAUAGUGAUACUUCAUGAAUGGGCCGAUUUUGGCAAUUAAAACUAGGUUGUAAAGAAGGAUUUUUAAGAUUAUGUCCAUAUGAACAUAUGGGAUAUAAGGGAUAUAUUCCAAAGUACAGUUGAAUUUUAUAAAGCACGAAAAGGCCACCUAAACCACAUGCAAAACCAUCCAACGAUUGAAACAGUUCUUUCGAAACACCCUUUAUAUAGUCAGGUGGGAUAUCCAUUUGUUGUAGUUUAAACUAUAAAAUCAAAAUAAGAGAUUUUAUGAAAUAAAUUUAAUAAACAACCACUUUUUGCGGGAGACGGAUCUGCCCUCGAGCACGUCAACAAAUGGGUAUGACAAAUGACAAAACAGUUUUUACAAAUCCCAAGCACAAAGCAAGAAUUGUGAUUCAUGAAAUAUUUAGAUAUUAUUUAGAUAAAGUAUAGCGGAAACGUGUCCUUUUGCAUAGUAUGUAGUAAGAAUUAUUCAUAGAUCUAGUCUCCUAAGUUUGAUAGAUAAAUGUGUGUGUUGUUGACUUUUUUGUUUUAGCAUAUUUUCUCCUGUCUUAAUUAUCUUGUUUUUCUAGAUUACGUUUGACUCAAAUACUAGUGGCAUAUCUGACGAAUAUAUUGUAUGUUUCAGUUUUGCUUGAUUGUACCUGACUUCAAUUUUUUCUGGAACAAAUUUCCACCUAUCAAAGCAAAACCAUAGUUGAACAAAUGUCAAGCUUUUUAUUAUUAUACUCAUAAAAUUAAAAUAAGGUUUGAAAGAUAAAUAUUUUGUUACCGUUAAUUUUUUUUCGUUAUUUAUUGAAGAAACGGUGUGCUUUUUAUGUGAGUUUGUCCUAAUUGUAAUACUAUUAUAUCGAAUUUACUUAGUACUACUGUUAUGUAUACCUUCCGUGAUUUUAACAUCACACGAGCUAAUUGUUGGAAUUGUAUAGUAUAGUUUAUUUAACAUAAUUUACACAUUUAUUUUUAACUAUUACUAUUAAAUUAGAAUAUAAAAUUUACUAGUCAUUUUUACUGUCUUACUUUAUUACAUAACUCUGUAUUAAAGUUUAUUAUUAUAUUGCAGUUUUCUUUUAA